AUGAGAUUAUUAUCACAUAAUUUACUUUAAUGCAAUGCCAAAAAUUGCACAUAAAAUAAUUUCCCUUUAGCGAUAAAAGUAGACAAGUCAUAAAUUAUAAAAUGUGAAUAUAGAAAAGAAGCACUUUAAAAAUUAAUUCCAAAAUUGGAUUGGCCAGCUCUAAGUUGUACUGUACAUGAUCUGGGAGAAAAAAAUUUCCCUGACUAAUUCACUUAAGAUUUAAUAGAAAAUGAGGAUUUUAUGAAAUAAUUACAUACAAUUAUAAUGGAAACUCAUAUUAUUACUGGUAAAUUAGUAUGCCCGAAUUGUUAAAGAAACUACCCUAUAGUUAAUGGAAUUCCAAAUAUGAUUUUAAAUGAUGAUGAAAUUUGA